UAGUCGCCGCGACUUCGUGCCGAGCGGACGUGCCGCGCGCUCCCACGCCCCGCCUGCAUAUCGCAGCGAGUGAAUUAUUGUGAAACGAAAAAAUAAAACAACACCGCAGUGAAAGUGCAUGUGUCAGUGGAUUUAGAUAUGCAUUGUGUUUGAUGUGUAACACAAACGUGGAUUGAAGGUAUUGUGCUCCAUAAUUCUGUAGUUUAGUGUGUCGGCAUCCCGUAUCCCAGCAUCAUCAAGGCAUGUACCGUCGCGCACGCAGCGCCGCGGCUCGGCCCCGCCCCCCGCGCACGUGACCGCCCCCCGCCGCCGCCAUGGCGCCGCACGUGGCACUCUUCCUCAUCCUGUGCCUCGUGCACGGAGACACCAAGACCGUGCUGCAGGAUAAACUAGCUGGCGUGAGGACAGUGGACGUGCAGGCGGUGGAGGGCAUGGUGGCGCAGUUCCCCUGCGACCUGGGCACCGCCGCCAACGACAAGGUCUACAUGGUGUUCUGGUUCCGGGACGAUGCCGGCAUACCGCUAUACAGCUUCGACGUCCGUGGCAAGCACCUGUCGGAGGCGCGGCACUGGUCGGCGCCGGAGGUGUUCGGGCCGCGCGCGCACUUCGCCACGUCGCCCGCGCCGGCGGCCCUGCUGGUGCGCGACGUGAAGCGACGCGACGAGGGCGUGUACCGCUGCCGCGUCGACUUCCGCAACACGCAGACCACCAGCUUCAGAUAUAACCUCACCGUCGUAGUUCCUCCGGAGAAGCCGGUGGUGGUGGACCGAUGGGGGCGCGUCAUCAACACCACCACGCUCGGCCCCCACGAGGAGGGGGACGACGUGCUGCUCACCUGCAGGGUGCUCGGAGGCCGUCCGGAGCCGUCGGUGCGGUGGCUGGUGAACGGCGUGCUGGUGGACGAGGAGUACGAGCACAACACGGGCGACGUGAUCGAGAACCGGCUGCUGUGGCCGGCCAUCCGACGCGCCGACUACGCCGCGGUGUUCACCUGCCAGGCCACCAACUCGCAUCUCGUGCCGCCCAAGGAGCUGUCACUAGUACUCGACAUGUUCUUGAGGCCUCUAACAGUGGAGAUCAAGAAGCCGGCGGAGGUCGGGGAGGGCGGCGUGCUGACGGCGGAGCGCCGGUACGAGGUCGCGUGCGAGUCCGCCGGCUCCAGGCCGCCCGCCAUCAUCACCUGGUACAAGGGCAAGAGGCAGCUCAAGAGAAUCACGGAAGAGUUGCGCGACAACCUGACGGUGAGCGUGAUGAGCUUCGUGCCGACGCUGGACGACGACGGCAAGCCGCUGACGUGCCGCGCCGACAACCCCAACGUCACCUCGCUCAGCCUCGACACCUCCUGGACCAUCAGCGUCGUCUACCCGCCGGUGGUGCGGCUGCGCCUGGGCAGCUCGCUGGCGGCGGGCGACAUCAAGGAGGGCGACGACGUGUACUUCGAGUGCCACGUGCGCGCCAACCCGCCCGCCAGGAAACUCUCCUGGCUGCACGACGACCGGCCGCUGGCGCACAACGCGACGGCGCGCGUGUUCCACAGCAACCAGAGCCUCGUGCUGCAGAAGGUGACGCGCCACAGCAGCGGCCGCUACGCCUGCUCCGCGCUCAACGCCGAGGGCGAGACCGUCUCCAACGAGCUGCUCUUCCGCGUCAAGUACGCGCCGUCGUGUCGCACGGGCGGCGUGGCGGUGGUGGGCGCGGCGCGCGGCGAGUCCGUCGUCAUCGUGUGCGAGGUGGACGCCGACCCGCCCGCCGCCGUCUUCAAGUGGAAGUUCAACAACUCCGGCGAGACGCUCGACGUCGCCGCCGAUAGAUACACCUCCAACGGCAGCGCUAGCAGUCUCAAGUAUACGCCAGUAGCAGACUUGGACUAUGGCACGCUGUCGUGUUCGGCGUCCAACGAGGUGGGCACACAGCUCGCGCCGUGCGUCUUCCAGAUGGUGGCUGCAGGCAAGCCGCACGCGCCGCGGAACUGCACGCUGUGGAACCAGACGGCGGACUCGGUGGAGGUGUCGUGCGUGGCGGGCUUCGACGGCGGCCUGCCGCAGCGCUUCCUCCUCGAGGUGUACUCCGACAGUGCCGUGCCCAGAGUGAACCUGUCGUCGGAGGAGCCGGCGUGGACGGUGCGCGGCCUGGAGUGGGACGUGCGCUACCGGCUGGCGGCGCUCGCCUACAACAGCAAGGGCCGCUCGCCGCCCGCGCGCCUCGACGACCUGCUCUUCCGCGACCCCGAGAAGCGAACAGCGACGGAGGCGCAGCUGGGCGUGAGCGGCGUGGUGGGCGCGAUGGGCGCGGGCGCGGGCGCGGUGUGCGCGCUGGUGGCGGGCGCGUGCGCGCUGGCGCUGCGCCGGCGCCGCCGCCCGCGCCUCGCCAAGCCGCCGCCCGCGCCCGCGCCCGCCAAGCUCGACCACGACGACGCCGAGCCCGACCUCAUACCCAACAACUACUGCGAGGCGGCGAGCGCGCCCAGCCUGGCCGUGUCGUCGCCGGGCCGCACUGCGCCCGCGCCGCUCACCACGCCGGCGUGUAACGGGCCGGGCGCGUCGUGGACGUGGGGCGCGCGGUCGGCGGGCGCGGAGGCGGGCGCGGGGGCGGGCGCGGGGGCGCGGGGGCUGGGCCGGUCCGCGUCCGCCACGCUGCGCGCCGCGCCCGACCUCAACGUCGACGCCAUCAAGGAGAAGCUGCUGGACCACCGCAUCCCCGAGAGCUGCGUGUAGUCGCCGCAACUCGCCCGCCACUCCUCAACAUCCACAACUUUGAGGCUUACAAGUGACAAUCAGUUGUGCGCCAGCAGAACAUAAUGACUUAGUUGUAAGUCGCUACGUCGACGGGUGCGACUUUUCCAGUGAGUGGAGUGACUCCAAAUCUUUGUGUUAGUGAAAUGUUCGCGCGUGCGCACACGUGCCGCGCUGACGCUGAGUGCAGUGAGCGCGGACUGCUCCUCAUCGUGUAAAUGUUGUAGCUAGAGUUAUUUCCUCGAUGUCAUCUCUGCCGACAUUCUGUGGUGAUAGGGUUCACACAAGCGAUGAUUUGUUUCAGCGUUCAGAAUAUCACGUUUCAAUACAGACCCGAUCGUGGCAUCGUGGCUCACUUGAAAGCCAAGAAGAUCACUUCUCCACUCAAAAUAAUAACUAACUAAUAUUUCUUAAGCAUAAUGCAAGCAUUAAGAAACUUAUUUAACUUUACUAUUGUAUUAUUGCAGAAUCUCAUUUCGGUUAAUGGUUAAA